AGUUAACAUUGACAUAAUGACAGUGUUUCUGUUUUUUGAAAUUAUAAGAAAAUACGAAAAUCAUUCUCGAUAUUUCAGUCAGUCACAGUAUCUUUUAUUUAAUCCUUUUGGGAUUCUUUUCUGAUAGUAAGUUUUUGAAAUUCAUAUAAACUAAAAUGUCUAGAGGAAGUAGUGCUGGAUUUGACAGACACAUUACUAUAUUUUCUCCUGAGGGGCGCCUCUACCAAGUAGAGUAUGCAUUCAAAGCAAUUAAUCAAGCCGGACUCACCUCAGUUGCUGUAAAAGGCGUCGACACAGCAAUCUGUGUAACUCAGAGGAAGAUCCCAGAUAAACUAGUAGACGCCAGUACUAUAAGCCAUCUUUUCCAAUUGACUGAUAAUGCUGGGUGCGUGAUGACAGGAAUGAUUGCAGAUAGCAAGUCACAGGUACAACGGGCUAGGUAUGAGGCAGCUCAAUUCAAGUAUAAGUUUGGAUAUGAGAUGCCUAUAGAUGCCUUAUGUAGAAGAGUAGCUGACAUUUCCCAAGUUUAUACCCAGAAUGCUGAGAUGAGACCUUUAGGUUGUUCAAUGGUUCUUAUUGGCUACGACGCUGAGCUAGGUCCAUGUGUCUACAAGGCUGAUCCUGCUGGUUACUACUGCGGUUACAGAGCCGUAAGCGUAGGUGCCAAACAGACGGAAGCCAACAGCUACCUUGAGAAGAAGCUGAAGAAGAAACAGGAUUUGCAGCAUGACGAUGUCGUUCAGCUCGCCAUAAGUUGCCUUUCUAGUGUUCUUUCUGUUGAUUUCAAGCCUUCCGAAUUGGAGGUGGGGCUGGUUUCCAAGGAUCAACCGAAGUUUAGGAAACUUACCGAGCAGGAAAUUGACAGACAUCUUACUGCUAUAGCUGAGAAGGAUUAAGUUGAAGUUCAAUUUGCUUUAUAUUAAUUUAAUAAUGUUUUUUAAGGAUAAGAGGGAAAUUUAAUAAAUCAUUUUGAUAUCCUCAAUCUGGUCUUAUUGAAAUCCAUAAUAUUUCAAAAUUAAGA